AUGUCAUUCAAAGGUAUCAGGAAGUCGCUUGUUAGGGCGCCUCAAACGUUCCGUCAAAAGUUAAACAUGGGAGAGGUAACCCUGGAUCCUGUUUACAUGGAUGCCGAGCGUAGAUUUAGAGAAUUAGAAAUCGAAACUAAGAAGUUGAGUACCGAAUCUAAGAGAUACUUUGCAGCGGUCAAUGGGAUGUUAGACUACCAAAUAGACUUUUCGAAGGCAAUUGAAGAGAUUUACAAGCCUAUCAGUGGGAGAUUGUCCGAUCCGAAUGCGACGGUGCCCGAGGAUAACCCCGAUGGGAUCCAGGCAUCAGAACAAUACAGAGAGGUGGUGAAGGAAUUGAAAGAGACAUUGAAACCAGACUUAGAGUUGAUUGAGAAGAGAAUUGUCAACCCUGCACAAGAUUUGUUGAAGGUGAUUGAGUCGAUUCGGAAGAUGGCCACCAAGAGAGAACACAAACAAGUGGAUUUGGAUCGUCACAAGAGAACGUACAGCAAGUAUGCCGACAAGAAGGAGAGAACCCCUAAGGACGAAGAAAGAAUGUACAGUGCCGAAGCUGAAGUGCAGAUUGCUCAGGAAGAAUACGAUUACUACAACAACAUGUUGAAGGACGAAUUACCAGUGUUGUUCCAGAUGCAGUCGGAUUUCAUCAAGCCUUUGUUCAUCAGUUUCUAUUACAUGCAAUUGAACAUUUUCUACACGUUGUACACCCGUAUGGAAGAAUUGAAGAUCCCUUAUUUCGACUUGAACUCCGAUAUUGUCGAAGCGUACACCAUGAAGAAGGGUGAUAUUGAAGAACGUGCAGAUGCCAUCAGCAUCACCCACUUCAAAGUGGGGCACGCUAAAUCCAAAUUAGAAGCCACCAAGAGGCGUCAUCAACUCAUGGCCCAGGGUACGGCUGGUAGUGGCUCCACCCAAGACCAAUUGCCUCCCUACUCCCCUGGAGGUUCCGAAUAUGGUGUCCAGUCCCCUACAACUCCACAAUACGGUGACUACAAAUCGCCACAGGGCCCAGGAGCUCAACCAGCCUAUGGGGCCCAACCAGCAUACGGGGCUCAGCCGGCCUAUGGAUCCCAACCGGCCUAUGGAUCCCAAGUAGCGUCACCAACGUCUGGCUCUUACGCAGGCUACAGUUCACCUUCCUCAUCCACUGCACCCGUUUCCUCUCCAAAUACCUAUGGUAUGCCUCCUCCAACUCCCCAAAGUGCGCCUGCUGCCCAGACUUGUACAGCAUUAUAUGACUACUCGGCGCAAGCCCAAGGUGACUUAACCUUUACAGCUGGUGCAGUCAUCGAAAUUUUACAAAGAACCGAUGACUCUAACGGGUGGUGGACUGGCAAGUACAACGGUCAAACCGGUGUAUUCCCCGGAAACUACGUCCAAUUGAAUUAA